AUGCCUUUGGAUAUUUUAGCGACUGCUGUGGUCGAAGGCACUGACAAGAUUCCUUUCUGGCGCGAAAUUCGGACUCUUGCACCUUAUAUAGCGGGAAUCGGAGCGAUCAAGUUUUGGACGAGAGGUGGCCUAAACCAAUGGGGAAGGAAACUACAUGGGAAGGUGUACAUAGUCACUGGGGCAACAACACAAGGCAUGGGAACCGCCGUGGCGCUGGAAAUGGCGGAACAGGGCGCACAAUUGAUUAUUUUGGUGAGAAAAUUGGACGAGUGGGCAACGGAAUGGGUUGAAGAUCUACGAAGUAAGACCAAGAACGAGCUUAUAUACUUAGAGCAGUGCGAUUUGAGCGAUCUAUACCAGGUCCGGAAGUUUGCGACGAAAUGGCUGGACAAUAAGCCGGCCAGAAGACUUGACGGUGUGGUGGCAAUGGCUGGCAAUUUGGAGCCAGUUUGGAACGGUACUCGCAAGGCUUCUGCAGAUGGGCUAGAGUUGCAAAUAGCGGUGAAUUUCGCAGGUACGUUCCAUUUACUAGAUCUGUUGAGACCUGCUUUCAAAGCGCAGCCUCCAGAUAGAGACGUUCGCAUUAUCGCCACUACCUGUAUGCUUCAAGCCAUCGGAGACGUCAGAGUUGAGGAUCCGCUUUGGAGAGACACCAAAUACGACCGGCCUCUCAAAUAUUUUGGUAGUUCAAAGCUACAGCUUGGGUUGUGUAUGUUGGAAUUGCAGAGACGGAUGUUGUCCAGUGACAAAAAAGACGACGGCAGAACGGGCAAAAAUGUUACAGUGACACUGGUGCAACCAGGAAUCAUGCGCUCUACAAGUUUGAGGCGGUUGAUUAGUAACGGUUCUGUGUUGGCAUUAAUCUUUCUUUACUCAAUCCUACUAUACCCGAUUCUGUGGCUGUUCACCAAGAGUGGAUUCCGAGGAGCACAAUCUGUGCUUUACGCACUGAUGACCCCAGAACUAGAAGAAGUGAAUUUGAAAGAUGAGCAAGUGAAAUACGUCGUGAAUACCGGUCUGGGACGUUUCUCCCGCAAGGAAUUUGAUGAUGUCGAAUUGCAAAAGAAGCUGUAUGACACCACUGCGGAAAAGAUUUUAGAGUUGGAAAGAUCAAUGGCCAUCAAACGGAAUGUGGGAAAAAAGAAGCCAGCAGUAUCUGACGCCAAGAAAUAG